AUGAGGAAUUAUAGUGAAGAAUUGAAAAGGGUAGACCCCAAUCCCACUGUAAUUUUGAAGUUAACCGAUGAUGAAGAAGGUCCAAGGUUCCAAAGGCUCUAUAUUUGUUUUUCAGCACUUAAAGAAAGGUUUAAAGCUGCAUAUAGGCCUGUUGUGGGGGUUGAUGGUUGUUUUCUAAAAGGGGAGAAUGGGGGUCAAUUGUUAGCUGCAGUUGGUCUGGAUCCAAACAACAACAUUUAUCCAAUCUCUUAUGCCAUUGUUGAGGGUGAAACAAAGGAUAUUUGGCUGUGGUUUUUAAAGUUGGUGGAUAGUGACUUAGAAAUUGAGCAAAAUCAGCAUACAUGGACAUUUAUGUCUGAUAAACAAAAAGGUCUUAUCCCAGCCUUUGAGGAAUUAUUUCAACAUGCUGAUAAUAGAUUCUGUGUAAGGCACCUGCACAACAACAUGAAGAAAGAUGGAUUUGGAGGUUUAGCUAUCAAACAUGCUUUUUGGGCAGCUGCAAAAGCUACUAGGGUGGAGGAGUUUAAUAGAAGGAUGGAGGAGCUAAAGGAGAUUGAUGAAAGGGCUUACAUUUGUUUCAUACUUGAUGCUAGGGAAAGACCAAUGAUACCAUUGCUUGAGACUAUUAGGAAUUUGUUGAUGACCAGAAUGGUAUUGAAUAGAGAUAAGGAUGCUGGUGAGUGUAUUCCAAUGAGAGCAGAUGAUUGGCACUACCAAAUCAUGGGGCCAUUUGACCAGCAUACAGUGGAUAUGCAGUUGAGGACUUGCAGUUGUAAGAAGUGGGACUUAAAUAGAAUUCCAUGCAAGCAUGCUAUUUGUGCCAUCUGUGGGUGUGGACAAACAGGACACAAUGUGAGGAGAUGUGGACAGAGUGGAGGGACACAUGAAAGUAGAGCUGAGGAGAAUGUUAUGGAACCUCCAACCAAUCUAUCUGACCCUCAACCAACCACUCAAACUCAACCACAACCUCAACCAACCACACAACCUCAGCCUAACAGAAGGGGGAAACAUGAGGCCAGAAGACCAAGUAAUGUUGGAAUAAAUAUAGGACAUAUGUCCAAUGCAACUACUUCAGUGACUAUCAAUCAAGGUUCAGCAAAUAUUCUGGUGAAGGGAGGGGUGAACUACAUCACAUUGUCCAAUUUAAAAGCUUCAGUUGGGAAUCAAGACAAAGGGGCAUCAACCUCUACUCCUCAUUCAAUGAGACCACCACUCACAAAGACUCCCCUUCAAGGACUGCACAUUCAAGGACUGCACCUGGAUCUUUGUCUGCUCUAAGGACAAGAUCAACUCCCACCUCAAAUCCUACAAGGACAUCUACAAAAGAAGAUGGCACCUCAUCAAAGACUAGAUCUGAUGCUUCCAGUCUUUAGAUCAAUUUUAUGUUAUUUUUGUGUUUUUUGGUUUGAACUAUCUGUUUGGUGGUUGAUUUUGCAAUUUCUGAACUUAUGUAACAGAAAGAUUUGUUGUGUUUCUGUUACAAGUGUUUGUUGGUUUCAAGUAUGUGUUUUGUGCACUGUUGUGUUGGU